UUCCUCGACGAACAAUCAAUCUUUCAGAGUGAAAGUAAACGAAAAAAACGAACAAAUUUGUUAAAAGAGAAAUGACAGCAGCCAUUGCUGUUUCUUUUCCCAAAUCCGCCAUUUUAUGGCAAAACCCAUUCUCUCGCAAAGACCCUGUUCCCAAUUUUCUUGGCCGCUCGUUUAAGGGUUUCACUAAAUCGAGGACGAAACUUCAUCCUCUAGGUCUAAUUGUUGCUUCCUCCACUUCAUCUAGUAGUAGCGAUGGAAGUGUCAGUGAAAGAUUCUACUUCAAUUUCACUGGGUUCCCUUUUCCUCUUGGCCCCUUUCUUAAUCGCCGUACUAUUAGAACCGAGGCUGUGAAAGGUUCUAUAUGGCUUUUUGAGCAAGAACAAGCGUUGGGUUUCAGUAGUGUCUCAACAAACAUUAGGAUGACAGUCAUCAAACUCAAAUCUGGUGGCUUAUGGGUCCAUGCACCCAUUGCUCCGACCAAGGAGUGUAUUCAGCUUCUGAAAGAGUUGGAUGCUCCCGUAGAGUACAUUAUUUUACCAACAUUUGCAUAUGAGCACAAGAUAUUUGUUGGGCCGUUUUCAAGAAAGUUCCCACGUGCUCAGAUAUGGGUGGCACCAAGGCAAUGGAGUUGGCCAUUGAACUUGCCAUUGGAAUUUUUGGGGAUUUUUCGGGCUAAAACAUUGAAAGACGAGGAUUUAUCUGCUCCAUGGGCCGAUGAGAUUGAACAGAAAGUCUUAAGCUCGCCAGAAGUUGGGAUUGGACCAUAUGUGGAGGUUGCUUUUUAUCAUAAGCGAUCAAGAACACUGCUGGUGACAGAUGCUGUGAUCUUUGUCCCUAGACAGCCGCCCGAAUGCAUUAGCAAAGAAUCGUUAUUGGCAUCAGCAAAGAACGGUUUGGCAGUAAAACUAUUAAGUAAGGGAAAGGAAGUCCCUGAAGAGCAAGUUGUUGACAACAAGAACAACCGUCAAAAAGAAUUGGGGACUGGUUAUGCAGGGUGGGAAAGAAUGGUACUUCAGAUAUUGUUCCUUGGGCCUUCAAAUCUCUUGGAACCUAAGGCUAGUUUUGCUCAAAUGUCACAGAAGCUUAUUGUUUCACCCAUAGUAAAGACUCUUGUCUUCAGCAAAGUUCCUGAAAAGGUAAGGGACUGGAUUGAUAGAAUUGUCCGAGAUUGGAAGUUCAAGAGAAUCAUCCCUGCUCACUUUGCAGCUCCAGUAAAUGCAAGUACUUCUGAUUUCUUAACUGCAUUCGGCUUUCUCGACGACCUUUUGGGUGAGCGCUAUGUCAACCGACCUUCACUCUCCCUUCUCUUUGCAUCACUCAUGGGGAAGGCUGCCAGUUACUUUCCACCAGAUGAUAUGAAGACCUUAUCAUCACUUGACCAGUUCUUAGUAUCGGUCGGAGCCGUGAAAAAGACCGUAUCGGGCAGAAAAAGGUAGCCUAGGGAAGACAAUGUCUCAAAGAUACCAGGUAAAGUUUAGCACACUCAUAUAUAAUUCAGUAAUGUAGAUUCACCAACCAAUGUUCUAUCUCUGACACUAAGAAGGUAAUCUGUUAUUUCCAAUGAGAAAAAGGAAGAAUAUGGAAAGUGAUUUGAUAUCCAAUUAGAAGAAAAUAUAUAGUGCACAAUUCAUGGUUGCAUACUA